CGGGGCCCCCUCAGGGAAACGGCCCGGCGGGCGGAGGAGCAGCGCCCCCGCCCCUCGGGCCGCCGCCCAGCCGCCGCUCCCCUCAGCGGUGGCUGCCGCCCCCGCGCCGUGCCAGAGCCGCGGUCCCCGCUGCGGGCAGCCCCCGUGGUGCCGGCGGCGGCCCCCGGCCCGCCCGGCGCAGGGCGGCGGCGCAGGGCGGCGGCCCAGGGGCGGGCCCCGCCUGACGCUCCGUCCCGUCCCUCCCAGCAGGCGCCGGCCCCGCGGGACAGGCCGCAGCCAUGGUGCCGCGUUCCGGCCGGGGCGCCGCGCGGGGCUGAGGCCGCCGGAGCGCUGCCCGCCGCGGCCGCGCCAUGGAGGUGGCGGGGCUGGAGUGGCUGCUGGGCCCCGCGCGGCAGCUGGUGGCGUGGGGCGCGGCGGGGGCCAUGGUGUUCGGCGGCGUGGUGCCCUACGUCCCGCAGUACCGGGACAUCCGCCGCACGCAGAACGCCGAGGGCUUCUCCACCUACGUCUGCCUGGUGCUGCUGGUCGCCAACAUCCUGCGCAUCCUCUUCUGGUUUGGAAGGCAUUUUGAAUCCCCUCUUUUGUGGCAAAGCAUUAUCAUGAUCAUUACUAUGUUACUGAUGCUGAAGCUGUGCACUGAAGUACGUGUAUCCAACGAGCUGAACAUAAAACGCCGCUCUUUUGCAGAUUUUGACUUGAACUAUUUUUGGCAUUGGAGCAAGUUUACAGACUAUGUGCAGUGUGUCCUGACCUUCACUGGUGUGACCGGUUACAUCACUUACCUCUGGCUUGACUCAUCUCUCUUUGUGGAAACGCUGGGCUUCCUUGCAGUGUUCACCGAGGCUAUGUUAGGCGUUCCGCAGCUCUACCGUAACUACCAGAACAGGUCUACAGAAGGAAUGAGUGUCAAGAUGGUGCUGAUGUGGACCAGCGGGGACACAUUCAAGACUGUGUACUUCAUCUUGAAUCAGGCCCCCUUCCAGUUCUCCAUCUGCGGACUCCUGCAGGUUUUUGUGGACAUCACUAUCCUCCUGCAGGUUUACCUGUACAGCCAGUACCCUCAGAAGCCCGCAUCCCACACUGCACACCCAGCCAGCACCAAGGCCCUGUGAGGGGCUUGGCAGGACAGGCUGCAGGCCGGCGGCGCUGCAGAGCCAGCCACGGCGGCUCCUCUUCCACUGUAAAUACUCCUGUGUUGCCAAGGUGAAAGCAGAAAUGAGAACAAGGAUUGAAAAUCUGGCUGCACUUCCACCUCGGGAGGUUUUAUUUUAAAUAACUUGCUCUCUCUGUUUUCAGACUUCGCUGUACAGAACUGUUUCUUGGUGGGGGAGGGGCACUUUAUUUUUGCAUAUGUACCUAUGAGCCUUAUACAUUCACGAAUGUUUGUAUAUUUAAUCACAAGGGCUGGAUGGUUUGUGUUUUUAAUGCUAUUUAAAAAUGUUACACCACAAAAAUAAUAGGAUAUUUUGUUUGAAACUUUUACCUAUUUAUAUAAUAUAAAGUCUGUAUAUUAGCAGGAGGUCCGUGGCAUAUGCUAGCAUUCAGUAUCUCCGUGAUGUAGGAAGAAGCAUUGAAGAGCAAGUGCAGGAGCUUUCUCUUGCCUUGAAGAAGGGUGUCUGCUGAGCAGAGAAGGUGAGGGCGGGAGGCCCCGCGAAGAGGUGAGCAGCCAGAAAUGAACCCGCCAGGUGCAGCGUAAAGCAUCGGUGCACUAAGGAGUGAAUGGCAGGUGUUCACCCCGCAGUGGAUCAGCGCUCGACAUGAGGUGAUGAAGGUGGUCUGAGCAUGCACGGUGCUGGAGCCGUGCUUAGAGCAGGCACAGCUGGUCAAGGGCUCAGCCAAAGGAGGAGCUAACAGGAGACUGCAGGUAACUUUGGUAGUCGUGCUGUGAAGCGAUGGGUUUUGUUUGAGCAGCCCGCCCCGCGCCCAGGGCAGCUCUGCUCCUCCAGCUGUGCGCAGCGCAGAGCUGGGCUGCAGGAGUCUUUCACAAACAAGGGCCAGCAGAUGCAUGUUGCCUGUAUCGCCAGGCAAGUUAUUUCUAGAUGGCAAUUGAGCCACAAAGGUAAACGCCACUCCGCUUCCAUUGCCUCAGAAGGGGAAGUGAAAAAGCUUGAGCCAGAGAAAAAGCCGUAUCCUGUGGAGCAGGACUAGCAUCUGACAGCUCCGUUUGCUGAGGCUGAGAUUCAUCUUCAUGUUAUUUAAUGCCAAACAAGAACCAUUGGGGUAUUUCUUGUACUGACUCGACAAGGAAGGGAGACCACAUUUUUCUUUUUUCUGUUGCUUAAGAUCUUCUAGGCCCUUAGAAUAAUCAGCAGCCUGUACUUAGACUGGGAAAGCUGCAAGAGCAGAGAGUUUAUUUAUAAACACAGAUGUUGUCUAUAGUGGCUGUUUGCCAGUGUAGGUCACCGUGCCCUUUUGGAGAACGGCAUGCAGCUGGCGGCCGCAGGUGGUGGGGACCCGCAGGUCCUCGCUGCUUUGGGAGGCUCCCUCCCUGCUGCCAGGCGAGUCCUGCUGAGCACGGCAAGGUGUCAGAGCUGUCACAGGUUUUCAAGAAUCGCUUUUUUCUGCAGGAUUAGCCCAAGAGCUUAUGUUUUUGUACUGAUGGCAGCAAGUCUGAGGUUUAGUAACUUUAGUGUGUAAGUUAGGUGCUUCCCCUGCCUGGUUUUAUUUGGGAACCCCGUGAUUUGAGUCUGGACUGUCCUCGUUGGUGGCAAAGUGUACUCUGGAGGGGAGGCGUCAGCAAGGCUGCGGCAGUGGUUGUGUGAUGCUGGGCUGGGGAUGUCUCUCACGUGAUGGGGAAGAGCGGGCUGUCCCUGUCCCUGUGCCCUCCUGACUCCCCAGGUAGCCCCGGGCUGACAUCGGGGCUCCCACUGCACGUGCCACUUGGUUCUGGAGGACAUGGUGGUGGCAGGGGCAGCCCCAAACGCAGGCAGAAGUCCUGCCCUGUGGCCAAGCCCUUUGGCGGGGGCAGUGCAGGGGGUGGAGGGAGGGGCGUCCUCAGGAGGUCCCUGCUGUCCCUCUGGUCCAUACCGAACAGAGUAUGUUCAGUUCUUUCAGGCCUGAAGUGACCUUACGAAGACUAUGUACCUGGCGUGGCAGACUAUGAAUGUUUUGUUCCUCUCUUUUCUCCAGUGUCCUGGCUGUGUUACAGGAGCAUCUGGGCUUUUGUCUUUUUUAAUUGAAAACUUACUUAACAACUGGCUUCUCCAGUAUGAUGCUUUAAUGAGGAUUGUAUUUCUACUGUAUGCAAACAAAGACCUUCUUGUGUGUUUUAAUGGUCUGAAGGGGUUUUUUUAACUUGUAAUGAUUAGAUUUUUGUAUAUGGUGGUCUUUUUCUAAUAUUCUAUGAAACGGGGAUAUAAUAAAUAAAUGGCUCUUAAGAAAUAUACUUCUGUAUGUUACAGCUUCACCGGGGAGUGCGCAGCUUUGGCCACCUCUUUGGCUUUGAACUACAGGUAUUACUGAGGAUAAAACAACUGUUGUUUUUUCCUUUUGGGACUCUUCCCUGGGCAGAUUCCCGAGUCUGUCACCAGUACCCAAACCAGUGAGCUCUGCAGACCAGUCUCACACCAGAGCUGCAAAUGCUGGAAGAGAAGCCAGUGAAACCAUGUCCAGGUCAUCUUCUGUAUGUGGCAUUUAGCAAGGUAGGGCUCUUGGCCAGGAACUCUUGAACUUCAUCUUGGAAGAUACUUUAGGAGCAGAAUAUUACGGAACUUUGUUUUUGUUCUUUCAUUUAAGUAUCUGUAUCAAUGAUCACCUCAGAGAAUAAGAAAUCAAUUACUUUAAAUACAUGUCUUUGAAUGUAUGGCACAUUUCAUGGAGUUUAUUUUCUCUGUCAGUUGCAAUGUUUUUUUAAAUAAAAAUUACCUAUUAUAUAUAAAUUGUAGUGUGGCUUUUGUUCAGAUGAUAAGAGUUGCGAGCUGCUUAACUCGUACUGUAACUCACCUUGUCUGGAGCACUGUCUAUAGGAAUAAUUAGCAUGCUUUUUGCUCCUGAUGGGGGGAUAAUGUCCUAAGGUUGUGAUGCAGGAUUCCGGAUUUCUGUCCCCUGCUUUUGCAUCCAUCCUGGGGUAAACUUACCUUCAUGACCAUUUAACUCUUCCAUGCUUGUGAUGCUCACAGUGAAAACAAAUUACUAUGUAUUAUUA